AUGUUUUCAAAGAAUAUGGAAGAAAGAAUCCCUCUUAUAAGAAUUCAGGCUGAAGAGGGCACGACAAGGGCCUCUGAGGGUGAAGAGAAUGAUGUCAGCGAGGUCAACCCUGGGUCGUCCAGGGGUCUGUCAGCGGCGACCUCCAGGGAAGAUGAUGAUGACUCCAGCAACAACGCGAGCAACGAGAGCAAGAGCCCUGGACAGAGGCGACCGAUCAUUGCAUCGAGCUCGUCAAGCUCUCACAAGUCCAUGCAGGACACUGAGAGACCGGGAUCUGACUCUGAGAAACGAGGCCAUAAGUGGAGACACAUCCAAGCUGUCAUGGCUUACUACCAGGCUCUCAGGAAAAUAAAGAGAACUAAAUCGAAUCAAAGAUGGAUGAAGUUGAGGACGACGGUCCAACUGAGUUCUGCGAUACAAAAGAAGCCGCCACUCAAGAGAGAGGAUUCCUUUCUAAAGAGAUUUUCGACUCGACAAAUACCAGAGACCCAGGAAACCGUUGAAGACACCGGAUCGGAAGGUGCGACUGGCGAAAACAGAGUAUCUAACAGACAGAGGCGCCGCAAAGUACGUGUGCCUCGCACGGUCGUGAAUCCCGAUGAAAAUUUCUACUUCUACUGGCUCUGGGUUAUCACUAUCUGUGUCCUUUACAACCUAUGGACACUGAUAGUACGACAAAGUUUUCCGGAAUUACAGAUUCUCUGCCACUACUUCUGGGUGACCUGCGACGCUCUCGGUGAUAUAGCCUUCGCUCUGGAUCUGGUUGUUCAACUGAGGACAGGAUAUUUGGAACAAGGACUAAUGGUUUACGAUUCUAAAAAGCUUGCGAAACAUUAUCUGACGUCACGUUCAUUCCUUCUGGACAUCGGAGCUCUGACACCCCUGGAUCUGAUACAACUGAAGAUUGGCACCAACCCUAUAGUGAGGUUUCCGCGGUUCUUGAAGGUGUACCGAGCGGUAAGCUGUUACUACAUGGUGGAGUCACGAACGGUCUAUCCAAACUUCUGGCGAGUCAUUAACUUAAUCCACAUACUACUCAUACUGGCGCAUUGGUUCGGAUGCUUCUACUUCUUGCUCUCUGAGGCUGAAGGCUUCCAAGGUGACUGGGCUUACCCACAUCGACCUGGCGACUACGCGACUCUCACAAGAAAAUAUCUUGGCUCAUUAUAUUGGUCGACACUAACUCUUACAACCAUCGGAGAUUUACCGACACCGGAGACAAACGCUGAGUAUGUGUUUACAAUCGUGAGCUACCUGAUCGGUGUAUUCAUCUUCGCUACAAUUGUUGGACAAGUUGGCAAUGUCAUUACGAACAGGAACGCCAAUCGGCUUGAAUUCGAACGACUACUAGAUGGCGCUAAAACUUACAUGAGACACCACAAGGUCCCUGGUGGUAUGAAGCGACGAGUUCUUCGCUGGUACGACUAUUCCUGGUCACGAGGAAGGAUACAAGGAGGUGGUGACAUCAAUACCGCUUUGGGACUUUUACCUGACAAACUGAAAACUGAACUAGCCUUGCAUGUCAAUCUCAGUGUACUCAAAAAGGUAACGAUAUUCCAGGAAUGCCAGCCCGAGUUCUUGCAUGACUUGGUGUUGAAGAUGAAGGCAUAUAUUUUUACACCAGGAGACUCCAUAUGUCGUAAAGGGGAAGUAGCCAGGGAGAUGUUUAUAAUAGCGGAUGGCAUAUUGGAGGUAAUAUCUGAGACCGGGCGUGUAUUAACUACUAUGAAAGCUGGGGAUUUCUUCGGGGAAAUCGGAAUCUUGAACCUCGAUGGAUUAAAUAAGCGCACAGCAGAUGUUAGGUCUGUGGGAUAUUCUGAAUUAUUUUCGUUGUCGCGUGAAGACGUAUUGGCGGCUAUGAAAGAUUAUCCCGAAGCACAAGAAAUAUUGCAGACGCUGGGACGAAAAAGAUUACAAGAAGCGAGGAAUAUGUCCAGAAAGGUCAAAGCCGAGGGCAGUCCGGAUAAGGCUGGUGGAGAUGAUAGCGCUCCGAAGAGAAUUGUACACAAGCUACGUACCGACGUUAAAGGCAUCCGUAACGCUAUUCGCAGUCGUUCCCGAGUGGGUCGACGAUCAGGCGAGUCACUGGAAUUGAGAGCCCUUGAACCACGACUUAGACGAAUGACGCGAGUCCACAGUGAUGAUUCGCAACAACAAGAGCAAGGAUCACAUGAGAACGGUGAAACCACAUCUGAAAGCAAAGAUGGGGAAAAGGCUAUAUCUCCGAUCGGAGCUGGGCUACCGCUACUAUCUCGACUCAAGCUUCUAAAAGAAAAACAGGAUCGUGAAGAGAAAGUGGCAAAUCAAAGGCUCUCCACGUCAUCAGUAAUAUCACCUCCGCCGACGCAGCCGAUGCCAUCAACGAGUUCUGCUCCAGACGAACCUGAAGUUAUCGGAGCUGGUCUGCCUCUGAUACAAAGACUUUUACUGCUGAAAGCUAAAGAGGACAGAGAAAAGAAUCUAUUAACAACACUCAGCAAUCAGCCUUCUAGCUCAGAGACGAUAAGUCCGUGUUCACUUAAAAGUCCUCUGAGCCCAACCGUCAAAAAUAUAAGCCCGAUCAGAAAAGGAUCCGAUUCCAACUCUCCUGGAAAAUUACACAGCCCUACUUCGAAGACUUCCAGGAAAAAUUCGUCAGGAUCCAGUGAUGGAACUUCGAAACCUAAGGUCAGUUUUAAAGACAGAAUAUUGCACGUACAAGGUCAUGUACCGUCAGUUUCUCAACCCCCUAAUAAAGUCGCUUUAGAAAGCACGACCAUUGUUGUCGAAGCGACCCAGAAAUCUGACAGUAAUUUAAUAUCCAUACCUCAAUCGGUUGUGAGCAAAAUAAAAUCACCAGCCAAAUCUGUUGGAUCUAGCUUCCGUGAUAAAUUUAAAUUAUUACAAGGCGGUGGAUCCGACAAAGAAUCUGACAGCUCUUCGAACGAAAAAAUUAAACUUCAAAAUAUAACACCUGAAGCUUCACAAUCAAAAGAGAGUCAGGAAGAUUCGAAAAAUAAAAAACCUUGGAACAAACUGAAAAGAGCUGCAAUCUCAAGUGAAACUAAAAGCAAAUCUGUAUUAGAUGACAAAACUGAAAGUGAAACUGAAAUAAUUGAAUCAGCUGCGGGAAAUCUGGCAGAAGGGAGUGUCAACGUUUGUAUUCCUAUUAUAAAUACAACUGAGCUCGUGAGCGUCGAUAAAGCUAAUGCUGAAAGUAGCUUCGAUGGUGCAGCAAUUGAUAAGGCUAUAGCCGUACCAGAAACUUCGAAAGGCGUACUAGGGAAGCCUGUGGAUCUACUAACAUUGUCUCCUAAGAGCCUUAGCAAAACCACGGAUUCAAUAACCAGCUCUGAGUGCUCACAACUAACUAAAGAUAAAAGAUACAGAUCAAUAGAUGAUUUAUCACCGGAAUACGGAGGACUACCUUUCGUUAAAAAGCUGAAAAUUUUAAACGAGAGGCAAAAGUUGGUAGAAUUGGAGAAUGUCAUCAAGUUCAGGAGCUCAAGCUUAGACAACACGAGUUCCUCAGAAGAUUUACUCGGUGACACCCUGACGAGAAGUCACUCUGAAAGCAGCACUAUGGAUAAACGUAAAUAUAAAAGGAAAUCUCUCGACUCAGUCGGGAGCCAUGAAUCCAAUGAAACUCUGGAGAGACGAACACUUAAAUCGAUACUAAAAAAACUAUCAGAAGACGUCACGCCAGCUGAGAGUCCCGAAAGGAAUAACGAACUUAAAAGAUUGAUAAGAGCUCCCACGAUAGAAGGUUACGCUGCCAGACACUCCAAAUUCGCUAAGAGUGUCACCUUCAACAGACACACAUUACCAUCCCCGCCUUCUAGUGCUUCAGAGAUGCCCGAUGAUGUUUUCGAAUUACCAACACCCAUCGAAACUGCGCCAUUACAAGAACAAGUAACCCCGGCAGCUGAACAGACAUUUACGGAAACAGAUAUAGAACCAGAAGUGAGGAAUGAUUACGGUUUACAACAAAACAUCGAUACAACAUAUGAUUAUAAAUCACUUCGACCUGGAGACAUAAGAGUACCGGCGCCGAAGAAAAAACUAACGAUAAUAUCAGCGGUGGCCAACCAAAGGAGUCUAUGGAAAGGUUCUUUAGAAGAACAGGAAUAUUACGGAGAACUUCUGCUGGGAAUAAAACAAGUCAUGCAGAGUCACUUGCAAGAAAUCCAAGGAAAAUUUCGUGAAAGCUUCUGUAGCCUCGAAAACGAAGUGAGGAAGCGAGAUGAAAUCAUAAGUCAACUUCAGAAACGCAUACAGGAAUUAGAAAAACACGGCUUGUCAGGGAAAUUGGCGAGUUCUGAAAUAGAUAUUGAAGAAGACUUACAAAUGAUGACCCAGUCGAAGGAUCCUAGCUCUGAAAGUGAUGAUGGUAUAGACGAAGGAUUUAUGCGUGGCGACUCCCUCGACACGGUUUUCACGACAUCACCGCCAGAGGUCACUUCAGAAGUCCAAGCAGUUAAAAAGGUACAAGAAGCAGAAGCGUACCAAGAACAUGAAAUCAUUGAUGAAAAUGUACCGGACAUGUUAGAAGGGAUAGAACUAACGAAGCUGUCUUAUUCUAAUAUACAGAGCUUGGGUGAAUAUUUGUCGAACAAGUCGGCAAAGUCCAGUCAGCGGGAAUUCGCCGUGAGCAAGUCUAAGAGAAUGGAUCUCAAUUUAGACGGAAAAGCCGGUACUUAUUCGAGGAAAAGAGCGAAGAAAUUGAAGCAGAGGAAGUCUUGGGAGGAUCAGAACUAUCAGGAAUCUAUGGAGCUACAGGAUUUGAGGCCAAUAUCUCCACAAGCGACCUCCGAAGAUCGAUCUCUCCUGAGUCCAGAACAAUCCAGCCUGAAACGGACGCCGUUCCACUUUUUCGGAUCUCACUUGGACAGCACUAAAUCCAAGAUAAAGAAGACAUUAUCCGUGGAUACCGGGAUGCAUCACACCGGGGAGAAAAAACGCUCGCGACAGCAGCGCAAGUUCAGCCUGGGAUCUUUGUUUGGAAACCGCGGCAGACGACAAGAUGUCGAGCUGAAUGUAGCCAGUGACACUAGCUGGACUGAAAGUGCAUCAACAUCUAGCAGUGACUCGGAAUCAAUACCACGUACUCCUGGAUUCGAAGAGUUUGAAGAAGCUAAUGCCAGAAGAGGCAGGAGUUCAUCUAGCGCAAGCAGUGUGCCAAUGAAAAGCAAAGACAGCGGAUCCGACUGGGAGGUGAUGAUGCUCGUAGAAGAAUUAGUGAAGAGGGAACGAGAGAAAGAUGAUAACAGGAGACAGGCUUACGCUCUGAGAGACUUGGAAGAGGAAUCCGACACGGCACAACGCGAUAGCCUCGAUGAUUCCAACACUGAAGAUUCAGCCUCGCGCAGCCCAACCACAGCUGACAGUGACCCCGCCCUACAUGUACAACCUGAACCGGCAACUUCAAGUCAGUCGAGGGGCCUCAUUCUACGUGCAUCGAGCUUGGACCGCGACUCCAAAGCUACAUCAUCACAGCCAAGGAAAUACGGCUCAUUGAAGAGUUGCAGCUCUGACUACAAUAAACGGCUAUAA